UUCGCGGGUCAAUUACAUGCACGACUAUGAUUUUGGCCUUAGCAGAGGAAACGAAAUACUUGAGACGUUAGUUCGACGGUCAUUAGGUUGAAUAUCACACGUUUAUUAUGUUUUAGUUAUCGUUUGUGCCUGGUCAUGAAUGUGGUGGUUCUACUGUGUCUGUGUUCGUUGGCUCUGGCUGAGGAUACUGGACAGCCAGCUGGGUUGAUGGCACAUUGUCCAGGAAUGAAUAAAACGACUCUUCUAUCAGAGAAGACGAAGAAAUCUCUCUCGGUGAUAGUUGUGUACCCAUCCUCUGGCUUCCUGGGCCACAGGGAGACGCGAUGUAGCCUGAGUGCUGAGGGAGCCGCCUGCGCAGCCAAACAUAUACCGAUAAACGAUCUCAAGAAGAGGAAAACACUGGUGAUGAUCAGCGGAUACAUGGACAGUUCGUUCUCUCCGAUAGUGCGGACCUUACUAGCAAUGUACCUCGGCCUAGGACGAAACGUCAUCGUUCUGGAGAUAUUCCCCAUACUAGUGAGAUCUUAUCCUAUAGCUGCCCGCGUCACGAAACCACUAGGCAAUCUACUAGGAGAGUUCCUGGCCUCGCUGACAUCACGAGGACUGUCUCCUAAGAAGCUGGAGCUGGUGGGAGGCAGUCUGGGCGCCCACAUCGCGUCGUACGCAGCCGACACGUACAGACUACUGACCGGCCGACGACCCGCCCGUCUUACAGGACUGGACCCGGCCGGCCCCUGCUUCCGCAACGUGCCGCCCACGGCGCGCCUGCACGCGGACGCAGCCGAGAGAGUCGACGUCCUCCAUACAAAUAUUGAUGGGUUUGGCAUACCCGACCGACUAGGACAUGUAGACUUUUAUGCUAAUGGAGGUGAAUACCAACCGUACUUAAAAGGAGACUUCAUAAUGCCGUGCUUCCAACUCUGCAGCCACGUUCGAUCAGUGUUCUACUGGUACCUAUCCUACAGCAACCCCGACAAAUUUAUCGCAGUGCAAUGCGACUCAGUCGCAGACGCAAGACACGGUAACUGUUACGAAGGAACAUUACGGACUAAUGCUUUAGGCCCAAACACGAACUUUAGUAAGACAGGAGUGUUUUAUUUACCGACUGAUGCAAAGUCGCCUUAUUACUUAGGGUUGAAUGGCUUAAAGAAGAGGAAGUAUGAUGUUAACGAUUACCUCCUGAUCCCUGCACCUGAUGAAGAUAUAACUAUUUAAGACGUAUAUUAGGAUAGAGAGAUAGAGAUAUAUUUAGAUAUACAAGCGUUAUAAUAUUAGGGACAGUGUACAUCGGCGGAGAAGCUUGCCUGCGCCUACUAUUUUCGCCUCUCUUUAGCAUGCCGUUUUCAUCCGUAUGCAAUAGUAGUAAAGGUUUAUUUUAAAUUGAUUUAUUCUCAGUAUCUUCGCCGUACCUCCGUCGGUGUACACUGAGCCUUAUGGAGUAGGUUCGAGGGCCUAGUCGGAGUUUGUUUUACGUUAAUAUGUUACGUCGAGAUUUCUUGGAUUUUCAAUAGAUUUUCAUUUUCUUUUUUGAGAACAAAGUUGGAAAUCAUCUUGUAAACUGAUUACGAUUAGCUAGAAAUCACACUUUUUAAAACCUAUAAUAUGAUAUUGUUAUAAAAUAUCGUAUUUAUGUAUGUAUGUGUGUUUAUAUCGAUUUGAAAGUCGAAAUUCGCCCACCAUUUUAGUACCUGAAUUUUAUAGAUUGCGUGCGAUGCGUGCGCAUGAUUGGAAUAUGUCAAUAAUCACUAACUUUGUAAUAAAUGUGCAAGGGCAUAUGAAUAAAAGGCCUUAGAAUUUUAUACCUGACUAUACUUAGAAGUUUCACUAGAAUAAGAUCGAAGAAUUAUUAUUAAUCAUUAAAUUUGAUCUUUAUUGUCCAAAUAAAUAAGGUACAUUUUUAUGUGAGUAUUGUAAGGUUAAUUUUUAUUUGUUUUAGUAAUUA